AAUUAGACAUUAAGGACAACGAUUUGUAAUGAUUUUGUUUUUUCUUAUUGUUGUUUGUAAUCUCAGUCUCGAGACUUUUGCUCAGAAUCCCUGUCCAGACCAAUGGUACUGGCAUGGCGACUCUUGUUAUGCAUUUAUCAGAGACAUAAAAGCAAAUAUGAUGCAGGCCGGGGCAUUUUGUCGAAAUGUUGAUUCGACAUUGGCAGAAAUCAAUAGUGCAGAUGAAGAUCGUUUCCUUCGAACACAUUUGAUACAGAAUCACAUAUCAGAACACUUUUGGAUUGGAGGAACAGACGCAUUUGCAGAGGGGCAGUGGGUUUGGAUAUCAAAUCAGAAGCCUUUAACCUACAAAGGAUGGGCCCCUGGGGAACCAAACAACGGAGUGGGCGGAGCUUGCCUGACAUUAGCAUAUCACGAGGGUUACCACUGGAAUGAUGAUCACUGCAGAAACGAAUAUGACUUCAUUUGUGAGAAAGAAAUUGGACAUCCUGAUGUUCAGGUCAUUGGAUAAAUAUCUUUUAGAAAAUAAAAAA